GCUUGAAUUUCUAUUGUUAACUUGAGCUCUCUCUGAAACAUAUAAAUUAGUGUUUGGCUGAGAAUUCCAGUGCGAGUCGCAGAAUACAACUUGCACGAUACAGAACUGUAAAGCACGAUGAAGCAUCCCCAGCCCCUUUGCCUUUAAAAUGCCAUGGCAGCACAGAGGCUCUCGGCAGAACACCUUAUCUGCUCUCCAAAGCUGUGACUCUUCAUCCUUUCCUUAUGAAGACCCAGGGGAUUGCUUACUUAGCAUACACCAGAGGCAAUGGAUAGGGUGAGCAGCCACUGCAGCCAGAAACCCCCAGCACCGAGCACGGGCAAUUCCCUCCACAGGCAGAGACUUUGGAGCUGAAUUGUGCUGGACGGAGAGCCCCCGGCUGAGCCGUGUGUGCCCGGGAAGAGCAGCCCCUGGCGCUGGGCUGGGAAGCAAUGCAGAACAUAUGAGCCUUUCCAGUGCACUUCGAGGCUUGGCCAGCUGGAAGCAGGAGCUGUAGCAAACUGCUGUGGAGCCUGUUUGGAAGCUGACUCCAGCACAGGAAUUGAAAUAAAUGAAUUUGGCACCUAAAAGGAGGUUUUGUGGAGUCAACGCUUUCUAAGCAGAGGACAGAGAGAGAUUUGGCAAGAACACCCCGGUGAGAACUGCUUCCAGGUCUGGUGGAGUGAACCUGAGCAGAGCCCGGACGCCGUUAAAGCGCCACUGACCGACAAAACUUUUAAAAUAUGACUGCAGGGAGGAUUUUAUCUCCACCAUGCUGCUAUGCUGGGAUGUGACAGGCUUCCUACCCAGGGCUGGAAGGAGCUCGAUGAUGUUAGGAGCAAAUUCAAAGCCAGAUGAAGAGCGGCCCAAGCAAUGGAGGUGCCAACCCCCGAGCCCGUGUACGUUGACGUGGACAAGGGACUGACGCUGGCAUGCUUUGUGUUCCUCUGCCUCUUCCUGAUUGUGAUGAUCAUCCGCUGUGCAAAAGUCAUCAUGGACCCCUACAGUGCCAUCCCCACGUCCACGUGGGAGGAGCAGCACCUCGAUGACUGACGGGCUCCCAGGCAGAGCCACGGGAUGCUGUGGCCCAGGAGGCCUCUGCCCAGGGGCAGGGCUGGCACACCAACAGCCAUUUUCAGAUUUGCAGGGCAAAGGCAAUAUCUCCAAGAGCACAUAGUGUAAAUUAUUUCUGCUCAACAGGUCAAGGUAUCAGCAAGCCAUUCUGGCAGCAGAGUUUACUACUAUGCAGCAACUCUUAUUUUACAGUUGGCAUUUUAACUCAAGUAGCACAAGGUUCUCCUAAUCUAGUGCUCCUAAGCACUAGAUUUUCCUAAUAUAACUCUUGGUCUAGCACAGUUUGUCCCACCCUCAAUAUCACCUAUAAACCCAGGGUAACCAUCAGUACCAUGAAAAAGCAACAAGAGUAUUCUCUUUUUCCUGGAAACAGAUUGCUUCAAAUAUUCAUUGCUUCCUUGGUCGUUAUGGGUGCAUUUUGGGAAAGGCCCAGAUUUCUUAUUCCAGACCAUCACACUAAGUAGAGGUGCUGAAGUACGUCUGGCUAAGUAGAAUUAUACAAGCAGAUUUAUUCUUUAACUCAGCUGGUUCUGCACUUGCACUCCCUACCCCACUGCAGCCAUAUUUCCAGUGACCAGGAUACAGAAGCACUCAGACUUAGGGGGUUCUGGACUGUUGUAGACCCCAUAGCACCACCUUGUUCUGUCCUAGUCAUGCAAAAAAACAGCCAUUUCCUCUGUCAUGGGCCCUUGGAUUAGUCAGGCCACUGAUUUUGAGCUUGGUAGGCACCAAAAAUCCCUGGAGCAGAGCUUGGACACUGCUGGUGUCAACUACAUAAAUCUUGCUGUGGUUUUCAAAGAGUGAUUCCACAUGCAAUUUCACCCUUCUUUUGCUACAGGUGUACUUCAGUGGGAUGAGACAGGACUGGAAUGACAAAGACAAUAAGCAGAGAGACUUUUCUCCCAGCUUUGUCAUUCAGACUCCUCAGCAGAACAUUUACAGUCACACACAAUAAUAAGCAUUCUACCUCGGAGAAAUUCAGCUCCUUCAAAGGUUUUUCCCACAAAUUUGUAAGGUACAUUUCUUUCUCUCAAUUCAUUAAAACAGCCAUUAUGCAAGAAGGCAGAAGUGAACCUGGGAGCUCUGGAAAUUCAUUAUUUAUCUUUGAAGAAUGGGGACUGCAGCAUACCAAAGUUCUCUAUUCCUCAAAUUCUAAGGUUUGCUCAUGCCUGCCUUUUCUCUCAUGACUACAGGUUCAAUUUAUGGGAUUGAAAGGAAGCAAUUCAGAGCAGGUGCUGCAAGCACCAUGAACAGACAAGGCUUGAGAGCACAAAACUUCAAGAAGGACAUUUCUCCAUUUCCCCUCCUCACCAUCCUACCUGACCCCCAGGUUCUUGCCGUGAGACCACACACAUUGGGUGGGAAAGGUGGAAGCAAAGGCUGUGACAGGAAAAUUAGGACACAGACUUUGUAAGGCACUGGCUGUGUUCUGGCUGUGACAGAUUUGUUUGAUGAUCACACAAGUCAAUUUUUAUGUGCCUCAGUCUACUCAUCAGUGAAAUGGGUGUAACAAUCUCAUCUUGUCACACCUCAUUUUGUCUGUCUAAUAAUACCAGAAAGCACCUGGAGAGCCUUAGAUAGGGACACAGAAAUGAGGUUCUUACUUACAACUCUUCCUGCUAAAAUCAACAGGGAAGGUCUGGGUCUUGUUACACUGCAGGACUCUGUUACAGGGCAGGGGACCUGUCCAGACCCCCAUUUACUCUCUCACUGCAGUAUUUUGGGCCAAGCCAAAUGGCACCAGGCUUUUUUACACAGCCCACUGGUUUCUGAGGAUGUAAGGUGCUCAACACUGAAAACCAGAGAUCCCAAAACAGCAGGCUGUGAGGCAUAUGGAGACUUUUGCAUGGAUCUUUUGAACCACACAAUUUUUGCUGAUCUCCGUUGUAGGAGAUGCCAUUCCUGAGGCAGGAAAUUCAAAGAUUAGCUUUCCUCCUGCUGUCCUCUAGCAAGAGACCUCCACUGCUUCCAUUGCCCACUGCAGAUUGCUCCUCAGGCUGUUAUUUAGCCUCAGCUUCUGCUAGCCAGGUAAUCACCAGGAACAGAGCACUUUUUCAGGCUUGAAUGUUAAAUGUUCAUUGUUCUUGGAGCAAACCCACUGUUCUCUACUAUUGGUGGGCAAGUCUAUCUGUACCACAGGAAUGGAUGUCCCAGCUCAAAGAACAACACUUCUGUUCCCUGGGCUAAAGUUUGGAACCUGUUUUUUUUCAUUAAAUCUUGUAUCCCUCUAUUGGGGCUAUUUACAAAACAAGCAAAAUAACAAAAUUACAUCCAGGCUAGGGACACUUUCAGUGUGCAGGUCACCUGGCUGAGCUCACAGCUGGUGCAGAGCAAGGACAGAGCUUGUCCUCACACCUCUCAGUGCCAGCCCUUCACUUGGUGUUGAUCUGCAUGCAGGACUCUUUGGCAUUGUCACACAUCACUGACAAGCCCCAGUUCAGCUAAGGACUUUUUCAGGUGCUUAAGUUUAACCCUCUGAGCAGGCUGCCCACCUACAGAGACCAGGGUCAGUCCUGUGGCAUGCUCCUGGCAGGGCAGGGACAGCAGCACACAGUCCCUGGAGGAGAAAGCCUGUCUGAGAAUGAAGGGUUACAAAUGCUGAGGAAGCAAAUUGACAGAUUUGCUUUGCAGGGAUGGUUGCCACUGUUUUCUCUUUUUGUCCAGCUGAACAAACCAUUUUAUGGAUUUUCCUGAAAAUCCUCAUGAAAACACCCCUCUGGGUAGCUUUGUUUUCUAAUAAAAAGGCACUUGUCCUCCUGGCAUAGCCUGUCAAGUCCAUCC